AUGAAGUUGGAUUUGUCUGCAAACUCUGGUGACAAGAGUGUUAAGUUCACUGUUCCAAUUGUUGACAUGAAGAAUGUUGACUUAUCUGAUGCAGCAAAGCAGCUCCUUCUCGAUUUCACUGAGUCUGAGUUAGUAAAAGUCGACAAGGAUUCAUUUACAAAGUUGACAAACUCUGUCUUCAACAACCUCCAACUCUUGGCCAAGGAGUCAGUCAGCCAGAUCACUCUCUCUGCUGACAAGUACUCAAUCGGCAACUUCGAAGUCCUCAAAGACAAAGUCAAAGGAGUUCUUUCUCUCAAGGACGUCGUCAUUCCAUCAGGAGGAUUGACACUUUCUGCAUCUGGAACAACUGACACAAACGGAUUUGGAUUUAACUUCGACACAACAGGAAAUCUCGGAACAAUCAAGUUCGAUAACACAUGGAAUGCUGUCACAAAGUUUGGAGAAGGAUUCUCAUUCACAAGUGAGGGAGAUCUCUCUGUUGAAAGACUUCCAAACGCAGCACCAAUCAAGGUAGGUGGAUCAGACACUCUUUCCAUCAAGAUUGAGGAAGGAAGACCAAGUCUGACAAUCUCAGGAAACACCGAGAUCAACGCAGCAGGAAAGACAAUCAAAUUGACAGGAAAUGUUGGCUCAUCAUUCUCUGUCAGCGGUGAAAACUUAGUUGUUGGCGGAUCUGGUAUUGGAUCUUUCAAGGUCACAAAAGAAGAUGGAACAGAACUUCCAGUAUCCUUCAAGACAGCUACUUUUGAAAAGAGCGCUUCAAUCAAUGUCCUCCAAGUCAUCCAGAACUUGACAGCGAAAUUCGGUUCCUACAUCAACAUCUCCAAGCUCAUCUUCCCAGCAACUCCAUCUGCAAAGAGAGUUGCACAGGAAGAUUCAUCAGACAAGGACAUCACAAUCGGUUACAAGUUCACUGAAAACGGAAUUCCAAAUUUGAGAAUCAAUGAAGUAAGUGGAACUCCAUCAAACAUUUACUUGGUUUACAACGCCACAGACAGAGAGACAAGAGAUUUGGUUCCAUCAGAUUGGAUUGAUAACCCAGUACCAAUUAUUUCUGCCAAGUUCUCUGUCCAAGAGUGCAACAACUGGAGAAAGAACAUCGUCUCUACUUUCUUGACCCCAUCUGUUGAGUCAAUCACAUUGGCAACUUCAUGCGAGGAAGGAUUGGAUGAUGAUGAAAGUGUUGUCACCCUCACAAUGUCUCUCAAGGCAAUCGAAGUGAAGCCAGAGAGUAACGAAGUUGCAGAUAAUCUAACACCAACUCCAGCUAACCCUGAUGAAAACAACAACGACAAAAUCUUCGGAAUUCCAAAGACUGUCUUCAUAGGAGUUGUUGCCGGUGUUUGCGUUGUUGCUGUUAUUGCUGUUGUUGUCGGAAUUGUCGUUUGCACAAAGAGAUCUAAGACAUCAAAGAAGUCUAAGAAGGAGCAUAAGAAGUCAAAGAAGUCUAAGAAACAUUCAUCCUCAUCAUCUUCAUUUGAUGAGUCUUCUGACUAA